GUCCCUAACCGGCCUCUAUGUUCUGAUGCUGACCAUCCGUUUCUCAGCUCUACUACGCUGCUUCUAAAUUCGGCACACACGACGUUCGUGGGGCACUGAAAUGUUCACCUUGCAUCAAAGGCUCACCUCAUCGCAGUCUGCUAUUUUCCUCGCCAAAUCCAACACUGGGCUUCCCGGCAGUUGGACGAAUGAAGGCCUGGUCACCAGCACGGGAUCCAGCAGCAACUACAACGUGAGUUGGUUAAUUUGGACUUAUGACGACGGCGUACUCAAUGCGUAAACCUAGGCAAUCGAUCCCAAGUAAGUCGCUUAUCUUCGCUUGAAGUAUCGCGAUCAAUGAGGCCCAUCACAGUCUCUUCAUCGGUGCGCCUGAUGGUCCCUUAUAAUGGCCAUGGAAACUGACCGGAUGAUUUCGAAGAUGGAAGCAACUGGUUCCUAUCCCUAGGCAGUUUCUGGUCCGGGAUCAAGCUUCAAUCGUGAGUGUCAGUCAUACAUCCCCUUCACUCUCCGACAGUUAUCUUGUUUCGUUUCCUAGACUCUCCGCUUCUACAGGCAAGCCGGCGAGCAGUGCUGUUACGUCACUUGCCGAGCGCAGCUCCGCGAGCGGCGGUGCAUUGGAGGCCAGCGUCAUCUACAAGUCGGGCUCUUACUACUAUCUGUUCACGUCCUGGGACAAGUGCUGUGCCGGCACCAGCAGCACCUACAACAUCCGAGUUGGCCGUUCAAGCCACGUGAAUGGGCCCUACGUUGACAAAGCCGGCGUCGAUCUCAUGAAAGGCGGCGGAACGCUUGUUUUGCAGACCCACGGAGGAGUCUUCGGUCCCGGCGGACAGGACAUCUACCAUGAUGUGGACGGUCCUGUGCUUGUUUAUCACUACUACACCUCGGCUGGCACUUUGCUGGGAAUCAACCUCUUGGAUUUCUCGUCCGGAUGGCCGGUUGUCAAGUGAUCCGUGGUCUUCGUUGGUUGACUAUCAGAUUUCGCCUUUGCCACUCAUUCCUAAUAUACCUCCUUCUAAUUCCGACAAGCACAAUCAUAAUAAAACGACUCAACGGGCUGCGUUGGCUGUAGCGAUCACUCGGGUUUCCGGAAUCUUUGAGCCGGAUUGAGAGCGUCGCCCAAAGAUAUCCUCGACUGGCUUUUGCUAUGAUAACUCACGGGUGAUGGUUGAACUGAAAGAGUGAUUUCGCCAAGCCCGGUGUCAUCGUUUACGAAAGAUCAGCGAAAGAUGGCACAAUUAGGCCAGGGGGAAGCGAAGUAUAGUGAGGGCCAUCCGCUCCCUGUCACUUACAAAAUGUAAAAUUGAAAGAGUUUGAAUCCAAGAGAACGAGACUGCAGCGACCGCCUUUGUUUCCUGUGUUACGCUUGGCCGCAAGUGGAAAUCUGAACAGAAAGCGUGUAUUGCUUAGUAUGACCUCAUCCAUACGCUUCCAGUUGGGACACUGACUCCGGUGGCUGUGUGGAUCUGCUAAUGAUGUAAUUUUGAACGCGGUACGGAUUCAUUUUCGCCUUGGCUUCCACCUCCACGCAUGUCUUCAUCCGUCGGGUCGCCAGCAGAGGGUGCAUCGUCUACCAAGAGGACGCCGUCUGAUGUGUUUCGCCCCCGACUACCCUUGGAUCCCUUCUCGCCUUCCUCUUCAGUUCCUCGAAUGUCACAAAUGAAGGAUCCUGACACACCUUGGGCUGCCUACGAAUUGCCUUUGCUGGCAGAAUCUUUCGAGCAGGGUCCGCGAGUACUACUGGUGCUCGGAGCAUCAAAUCCUCAUGUUUUGAGUCCCAUUCUCCGCUCUCGAACAUUUUCGAGCAGCGUUGUGCUAUACGUCACGCACACGAACCCUCAGCUUAAUGCUAUAACUGCUGCCAUCGGAUCCAAUCCCAGUCCACCCUGUGUCAGGGUUCUACGAUUGUCGGCUGCUCUGACACCCACAGCACCCGCCUUCGCUCUCACGCUCGUGGGCAUUCUCGAGGCAGCAGCGGCCGUAGCGCGCUCAUGGAGAGCAAAUCCGCACUCCGGUUCUCAAAUCGAGCAACUGUCCCAAGACUCCACCGGCUCCUUCACCGUGUGUGAGACCAUAUCCCCACAUCCCUCACCUCCACUUCAGGCGUCCGAGCACCUACACCAUGCUCUCAAGAAGCGCUCGUCAGUCCCAGCCUCACCUGACUCUCCGUAUUCCACCACCCGCUCACGACCGCCAUCCGCUCUUUCCGUCGACUCCACUGCCUCGAAACAGCGGAGUAGUUUCUUGAAUUUCUCGUCACGAUCUUCUACUUCUGUCCACCGACAGAACCCCAAACGAAUGUCUUCGCCCUAUCCGCCCACAUCGAAACGAAUGUCCAGCGGGACCAAGCGAGCUUCAGGCAUAAAACUGGAUGGAACUCGGGCGUUCGACGCGUUGAUCUCCUUUCUUCCACCUGCACAGCUGGAAAAGGCCGUACUCAAGCAGGUCGUUCUGGUCAGCACUCUCGCAGGGACUUUCCUGACUGGUCCGACCCUGUCUGGAAGCCCUCGGUUUGCAUCUGCACCUGGAUCUCGCCGAGGCAGUCUUAGCGGAAUCGUGCCUGAGUGGCCAAAGUCCCUGGCAAGCGGCGCAACAAGCCGCACUGGAUCCAUCAACGGCGACGGAUCAGACAGGCCGCAUUCACCUGCCCGGUCCAUCUUUAGCUCCAUCCGAAGCCAACCUACCUCCGUCUACCACGCUGCACUGUGGGGCACCCAGUGCAGGCCCCACAUUGUGCAUAUAUUGCCGGCGAGUUACAAGAGUCCGAAGCUGUCAGCUGCUCUCGGCGCAUUCGUAGCCUCGUAUUCGGCCCCAGCAGUGCCACUUCCAGUUUCGUUCUCGGCCUCGAGCUCAUCGGAGUUUUCGGAAGAGCUGCUGUCAGCUGGAGGAUCUUUCGGUCAAGGCAAAGGGAAAGCGCACGCCUAUGUCGUGGCAGAGCGCGCAGUGCCUCUCGCACUCGAAACCAUUCUUAUCGGCGGGAUUGAUUUUUCGGCAGAGGGCCAUGUCAGAGGGGGCGGCUGGGUUUCUGCGGUGCGGGUAGAAGAAACUGCCGCGUCGUAUGGGCUACCCACUCCGCCGGACAGCCGAAGUGGGAGUGGUGAAAGUGGGGAAGAAGGACAAUGCUCAGACGAGCCCGAGCCGGCACAGCCUGAACUGCCAUCGAUGGGAGAUCCAGUCCCGCAAAAAUCUGACAUUCCAUCAUCUUUCAACAACACAACAACUCGCAAACUCAGGCGGGCGAGCCAGCGGCGAAGUGAUGCAGAACCAGGUCGCUCGAUCUCACAACAGCCAACAUCCGCAAUCGCGCGCACGCCGAGCAACCGUCGGCGGGUCGAAAGUGCGCCGUCCGAUGCAGGAUUGGCCGGCAUUGGCGCCCGCGGAGGACGACCAGAUGAAAGCAAGAUAGCCUCAAGCACAGCACGUCCGAUAGGCAAAAAUCGCAAGACCUGGAGCCGAGGCAGCCGCUUCUUCGGAGGCAAAGGCCCCGACGAUUUCAAGCUGAAGCGCUCGACGAUGGGUACUACGGCUCCGAACAAAUCCAGAGUAGCUGCCUUGCGAACAAGCGAUGAGCGGGGCCGCAGCUCCCCCGACUUGCGCGAACUGCCAGGUGGCGGCCUCGAUGCUUCGCACAAGAGGAGAAAACCAUGGUGGAUGUUCUGGGCCUGAACGUCAGAGCGCCAACUCGACCGUUCUGUACGGACUCUAUCUAUGCCAAUAUCGGACAUGGGGUACUACCACACAUCCUUCAUUCACAUACCCUUAUUUUUGAUUCCUGUAACUUCACCUUGUUGUAGCUGGAGCGCCCUAAUUGUAUCCGAUACCAACAUUCUGCAUGUCGACAAUACACAUAAGAUCAAUUAUA